AUGCCGAGGUCAACCAACCAGAAGAUGCCUGGCAGCGAUUCCCAAGCAACAGAAGAGGGCAUUGGCACUCACAUGAGCGAACAGGAGCGAAAACGACUGCGCAAUCGCCUCUCCCAGCAAGCGUUCCGUCGCAGGCAGGCAGAGCGCAUCAGGGAGCUGAGCAGCCGCGUCAAUUCCCAUCAGAAGUCAGACAGCGAGCGCAUCGAGGCACUGCAGCAGGAGAACAGGCAACUCCGGAUGCAGCUGGUAGAGGUCCAGGCCAAGAUGUCCCGGCUGCUAGCUACCCUCCAAGGGCUGAGCGACUCUGUUUCAAAGACUCUUGAUGAUACGGCUACCAUCGAGGACGGAGAUCAUAGGUUCGCAGAUGACUCAGGGAAGCCAUCAACUGGGUUAUCAAACCAGGACCACGAGCGAAGCAAGCACACCUCACCGCCACCCGAACUCUACGCACCGACGGAGUUGGAACCAUUGGAUAUAUCAAUGUUCAGGCAAAAUGAGGAGUACCUAUCAUCCGAGCUCGUCAACGUUACUGGCACCAGCCCGCUCUAUCCCCAGAUCCCGAAAAUCUGGAGCUUCGAGUACCAAACCGGCAUAGAACCGUACUUGACGGCCAUGGCUGCAACCCAAGAGUCCAGCGCAAUGUUGCGCAAGAAUUGGACGCUGUCAAACUCACCCUUCUCGGACCAUAUCCAGCUCCUCCAGCGUCUCCUCAAAAAGAAGCUGAGAGCGUCCGGGUUUACGCCAGAAGGACAACCCUCAAUGCAAGGGAUCUACCAACCCGUUAUCAUGGUUCUCUCCAUGUUCAACAGCAUGACCCGGCCCGACGUGAUGGCUUGGUAUUCUCAUACGCGCUUCUACUAUAUCGUGGAGCUAACGGCGUGGCAACUCUAUCCGUCUACCGCCACCUUUCAGAAGCUGCACCCCAGAUACCGGCCGACCGAGACACAGAUGAAGCACCCGCACCCGCGCGUGAUAGACUGGAUUCCGUUCCCCUCAAUCCGCGACAGGCUUAUACAACGCCACGCUGCCAAUCCUCAGAUUGACCAGAUAUUCUGCGACGCGGUCACGGGGUACGUAGUCGAGACGAACAUGUCGGACCUCAUCCUCGGCGCGCCGCAAGUCACCGUCUAUAUCCGAGUCACUGAUCUAAUCAGGGCCAUGUCGCCCACCGUGGGCGAGGACGACGGCCUCGAUGAGAUGCCCGCCGCCAUGCCCGCCCCCGACAUCGCGACCCUCUUCUCCUCGCCGUCGCACGCCCGUGCGGCCUUCAAGCAGCUGAACAUGGACAGAGGCGUGUCGUACUACAAGAUCGACCCGGCCUUCUAUACGAAGUACCCCGAGCUGUUCGACCAGUCCAGCGACCUGACAGCCACCGGCAUACCCCUCAGGCCGAAGUCGCAAAAGGUGCUAACGUACCCCAAGCCCCUCGACGCUUCAACGGUCGAGACCUACCGCAGUUUCAUUGACUUCUCUCUCGAUGCCGCCAACACCAUCACCUCCUCGUCAACGUCUUCCUCCUCAACAACGAGGGCCGUGUGA